UUCUAUUUUGUAUUUAUUCCCAAGAUUUCUUUCUUGUGCAAUGUACUAUUGACAUGACCAAAUCAGAUUUUACCUACAUAGCAAAGCAUUUAUCUAUAACCGAUUGUCGUAAACUGGUAGUAUCUUUGCAGAACCUUAACUAUGCGCUUCCUAGCAGUAUAUCAGAAGCAGUGAAAAAAGUUCCCAAAAAAGUGCCUUGUUUACAACUCCUAUUGGCAUGGAACAGUGAAGUCUCAAAAGGCGGUGGCAAAGGCAGGAGCCACGUGGACGUAGCACGCAGAUUACGUCAACUUGAUAAAAGACAUCUAGCAGACUGGCUCGAAAGAUCUGUUUUUCACCAAUUGGCUAUUGAUGUCCAUGAAACUCUGAACAGUUAUCCAUUUAAAGUUAAAAAAGUAGUGAAAACAACUGUCACCAAAUAUUAUAAGAGUAAUAAAGUUAGUACUGAAGGUUGGACAAAGUAUGACACUGUUUUAUGGACUGGUAUUAUAGCAGGUGUUGGUUUUGCGUUUUACCAAGUGGUAGAUCGUUCUUGUGUUAAUAAAAGAAGGCGGAAUAAUGAAAAAUGCGAGCUGAAAGACUUAUUGAUUCGAGAAAAUUUUGAUAGCGACGACACUGGCGAUGACGAUUACGCAAGUGAAAAUAUGUUUUUUAAUAGUAUUGAACAUUUCGACGAGGAUUAA